AACAUCACUGGUGUGAAGGUGCAGAGAACUCCCUGCAGUCCUUUGAGCUGCUGUGAAGGCUGUAGCUCUGGGAAGCAUGAACAAAACUCACCCCCAGAGAAAUGGUGAUGUAGAUCCUUUUGAUUCAGCAAAGUCCUUCUCUGAAGAAAGAGCCUGCUGCCGGCCACCCAGCGCCCAUGGGGGCUGCACCAGGAGAUGUGUCUGCAUCUCAGCCACUGCACUGCUCAUCCUUGCUGCUGCCACCGGCUUGGCAGUGGCACUGGGGCUCCUGCCACGCACACCAGUGAACCGCUUCUGUUUAGCCUCCAAAAACAAGACAGGCUUCUUGUGUGAUGACAGAGAGACCUGUGUCCUGGCCAGCCAGGUCUGUGACAGAGCCAGCAACUGCAGGAAUGGAGAGGAUGAGCAAGAGAAGCUCUGUGGUGACUUGCCCCACAGCCUCCCGGGGUUCCUGGUUUUCCGCUGCGGUCACCCGGCGCGCUGGGUCUACGCUGAUCAGAGGUGUGAUGGGAUGAACGACUGUGGAGACUGCUCUGAUGAGCUGGGGAGCUUGGCUGCCUGCCCCCCAUGUGGGCCGGAGUGGUGGAGCUGCAGACCUGUGCUCUAUGAGUUCUGCUCCUGCAUCCCCAGGAGGCUGUGUGGGGAUGGCAUCCAGCACUGCACCACCUGGGCUGAUGAGUACAUCUGCAGACCAUGA